AAACACGCUCAUUCUCCUUGGUCUCGUCGAUGANNNNAUCUUGGGGUAGGUUCCUCAAGGUCGUGUAUUCCUCCAACUGCCCUGCACUGCCAUCUGGCCUGGAAGGAAAGUCAUUCUCUCACGUGUUUGGCACCAACACCUCCUUGACCGAGCUCUUCCUUAUCAAGAGGCGUAUCAUGGGCCCAUGCUGGAUUCAGAUAAGCUCAGGGUCUUUCAACCCCUCUACGACACUGAACAAGCUAUCCUGGUGCGCUCGGGAAGUGAUGGUAGAGACAGGGACAAAGGGCAUUUCUGUGGUAACUGCUAUCAGUCGUAUUA